GGGCGCUCAACAAUUGCGGCUUUCACUAGUAACAGAUGUGUUCGUGGAAUGUACACUACACGUAGAAUGGUGUAUGGGUAUUUCUUGAACAGGAGAGGCCAACAACGUUACACAUGUAUAUGUAAGAGCGGCAAAUGAAUGUUAUAGACCUUUAGGGCGGACGGAUAUUAAUAUAUCGAGAACACAGGACGUGUAGCUUGAGUGUUUCUGAUCACGCAACAUCGCUACAGAGACUGUCAAUUGUGUGAGGCACAUCGUACCAAGCGGGCCCGUACACAUGGAAACUUCUACCGACCAAAAACGGAAACACACUAGCUCAGGGUGAUCCCGUAUCAAACGUGUACGGCGAUCGACCGACUAUAUUUUGUAUACCACACCGACUCCAAACUAUACUCCAUACACCAUGAAACGUUGGCAGCUGAUGCUGAUUGCAUGGUUUCUGUUCAUUGGUUACCUUCUGGCGGGUGCUUUCCUAUUCAGGGCAAUUGAACACCCCGAAGAGAAGCUGGCGGAAGCCACCUUCUUCCAAGCCAUGGAGGAGUUUCUGGACUCCCAUCCCUGCAUCUCCAGAGACGAGUUGUUCCACUACAGCAAAGUAUUGGUAGCGGGGGCAGACAGGGGCGUGGUAGAUUUCAACGAGGACCAUCACCAUGGUCAAAAUACUCGUGUGGACAAGGAGAGAAGUGUCUGGGAUCUUCCUAACUCCUUCUUCUUCUCAGCCACCAUUGUCACUACAAUCGGCUACGGAGACAUUACGCCUCAGACACCAAUGGGCCAAUUGGUCUGCAUGAUCUACGGUGCCAUUGGACUACCCCUUACAGCAUGGGUUAUAGGUGUCAUUUCACGCUCUCUGACAGCAUACUGGACCAAAGCACUGGACAAGGCUGACAACAUCCUACUUCUCUGCCUCAGGUUUGCCCGAUUACGGAAGACCGUCAUGGUCCUCCUUACCAUAGUGGUGUUGUACGCGAUACUGCUCCAGGUUCCGGCCGUCGUGCUUGGAUACAUUGAAAAAUGGUACACCUUGACGGCGGUGUACUACCUCUUCAUCACCUUGACGACAAUUGGAUUUGGGGAUUUGGUGGUGGGUAAUCAUCCGGAUUUCACACUGGCAGCUAGGUGGGUGCUCAAGAUUUGCAUGGUGCUGUACGUGAUACUGGGCCUCAGCCUCCUGGUGGCGCUAUCAUCGGCCAUUGCGGAGCGUGCCAAUAAAGCGGUCAAGAAAUCAAUCGUACCUUCAAACAGCUACCAGGUCGAACGCCCGAAGAGCAAGAAAGGGCGGGAACGCAUGAACACCAUGCUGGAAAAUGAAAUUGCGCUGAGUCACGUGCCGAAUCUGUUAUCCGCUAGGAUGACAGAUUCUUGCUCAGAUUUUAAAACCGCGGACUUGGGACUGACUGACGCCGAAGAAGCGGCGUUUGAGAUGCGGUCGCUUAGCAACCACAAGGAAGAUGUACCACCGGAUUAUGAAGAGAUCGUCAUAGACACUUGCCUAUCAGAGUCCAACGGCACCUUGUGCACAGUGUCACCGACCGAUAGUUCUGACAGUAAGAAGUUAGCAGCAGACGAACUCUCUGUGCACCGGUCAUCCACGGGCAACGGUCACGUUACUGAAAGAAAUGGGAAUACAUGUAUCUAUACUAUUUCAAAGGACGAAUACGGGCGCGCUGCUUUCAAGAGCCCAUCCAUGGGGGAUCACACGUGAAACAGGAUUCAUUCUUGCCAACUAGUAAUUUAGCUUUCUAUUAUGCAAUUUAUGGAGGGUUUGGACUGACAAAAACUAACACCCCGAGCACUAAUAUCGUGUUUUUCAUUGUCGAAAUCAUGUUUAUUUUUGAUAGUAUUUUUAUUAAGGUGCACAACCCAAGUUUUCUUUGUAACAUACUGUUUAAAGAUUAUUUUCUUUUAAAUUUAAUAUAUGAAAACUCGUGUACAGGGAACAAAACAAAUAUAAUAUCCACAAGUAUUUUUGUAACAACAUGUAUUAUUUUUGUACGAUGGUAUUUGUUUUUAAGUGUAUUAAUGAAUUUGAAGUUUUAGAUUUAGUUUUAAACAUAGAACAAUUUCCAAAACGUGAUGUAUGGUUGACUAACAUAAUUUUUUCUAACAUUUUAAAUAAAACAUUUUCCAUUUUGUAGUGACGUAAUAUCUGUUUGAUUUUUUUUAAAUGUAUUUAGCAUUAUUGUGGUCUAUUGAGAGCUCUAUAAAAUUAUGGGUGGAUUUAAUUAUUUUACGGUUAAUUUCAAUGUCCCUUUUCAACACACCUUCUUAAGACAUUUCAUAUCUACCGUGUCAGAAAAAAACAACGGCCCAUAAUAAUUAUGGUCAUAACACUGUUCAAUCUGCAACGUACUGCAGUAUCUAUAUACAUGUAUACCUCAAUUGGCGAACUACCUGCAUAUUAUACGUUGUUUUCCCCAAGCAAUAGAAUAAUUAUCUCUUAAUCGCAAGGACGGGACGAAAAUAAUUGAAUUAAAAUUCCAAACAAGUUUGCCACCUGGAUAUAUUAUCGUUGAAGGUCUUUGUGCCUUUCCUUUGUUGGAUGAAAAUAUCAGGAAUGUUGGUUGGAUCCCUUUAUGUUUAGUCUGGUUCCCUGUCCCUAUUGUCCUUCGGACUUUAAAUAUGGGGACAGGUAGCUAGCUGCGAAUCUUGCAUGCGUUCAUCAGGAGGCAUCCCUGCCGCCGCAAAAUAUCCGAAAUUCUAGCAACUUCAGCGCUGAAACAGCUGUAACAGGCUUCUGCCUGGAAUGACAUCACAAUUUUGCUCAUGAAUAUGGAAAUUUGUAUUAGCAUAAAACAAAAAAGGCACAAAACACCCUGUAAAGUGGCAAAACGAAAAUUGAGAUAAGGUUAACUGAGACACAAAUGUUCAUUAAAAAAGCAUGUAUUAAAACAUUUUAACUCCGCUAAAAAAAC